AUGCGACAAGCUCUUACUUUAGCAGAGAGAAACACACUUUUAGAAGACGAGAUGAAAAACAUAGACCAAAUAGCACUGACAGUGGAAGUUCAGUGCAAUGAUACAGUGAAGACGAAUAUUGAAAAAGUUUUACGAUUGCAAGAUCGAAUGAACGAAUCAGUGGUAACAGUUCAAACAUUGGAACGGGAAGUCACCAAACUUAAAGUGGGAAAAACGGAAUUAAUUUCCGAGUUGGAAGCUGUCAAAUUUGACAAGAAAAAUUUGCAGAUGUUGCUGGAAAUGAAAACUGAUGACAAAAAUGACUUCUGGAUCGCCUAA